AUGUUAAGCGCUGAUGACACUUGGCGGAAGAUUUUAAAUAUUUGCAAUGGAUUUCAAGAUUUUACUUUAUGUCUAGGAUUCACAUACGAAUGGAUGACCUGUUAUCUACUAGAUAUACGUUAUUGCUUUAGUGUAUCAUUUCUUACACUUGAUAAAAUGUCAGGGGUUCACAUACGAAUGGAUGAUCUGUUAUCGGCAGCAAUAUGUGAAGCUGGUUUAGAAGAAUUCUUGUUGGCACCGGAAAUCAUUGAUAGUGAAGUUGAGAAGUCAGGAAAUGAUAUAUUAACACGGCCACUCAAUACCAGUGAUCAGACAAACGAUUUGACAGGAUUUUCAUUAGGGAAAGCCGAACCAGAAGAUAAGAAGCAAAAUAUAGAAAUAUUAAGCGAUGGUUGUUUAAUCCUUCCUUCAUGUUCACAUACGGAUUCUGAAAGUAAUUCUCGUUCGGAUACACCGCGCGCUGAUGAUCCCUCAAAUAACAGCACCGAAAAUACAGCCAUUCAUCAACAGUCAGUUGAAAUCGUUGGAACGGCCGAAUUACCAAGUGAUUUGAGUACUGACGAUGGUAAACGGACGACAGUAAACGAACAACAUGAAAAUACUGGCAAGUUGCCGGAUGGUGGAAACAAUAUUUUCCGUUCACAACGUUCAGUUACCUCAUCGCAACAACCAUUACAACCGAACAAUUUAACGUCAGUCAGAAACUCUGUAACAGCACGGUCGACAGUGAAAGUACGUGAAAUGUACAGAGCUACCAAUGGAGCUGACGAUGAUAAUGAUGUUGAAAUUAUCGGGGAAGCAUCGUGCAUGAGUGGUGCAUCUUGGAACUUACCACGUCGCGUGAUAGUUAUGCAGCAACGUCCCAAAAAUGGUGUCGUUUACGUACGUCAGCGUAACUGGGAUAUUAUGCCACGGCGUAUUCCGACUACACGUGCAGUUUUAAGUCGAAACUGUAACGGAACAUUUGCCCUUCGUGGUAGUCGUAUAAUCCGGCCAGUUUUUCGGUCAGAUCGAUCAACACCUGUUUUCUUGCAAAGGAGCACUACACCAUCAGCAUGCAUUGAGAGAGAUCCAGUGAACGUUUUGCAAGAGACAGGACAUCAGUAUUUGCCUUCAGCAGUAUUACAAUCGAAUAUCACAUCUUCAAAUGCUCAAGCAAGGAUUAUACGGAAUUCAGUUUUACGCCGAACAUCUCCAGUGACUGUGCAAGGUCCUCAUUCCACUGUAACAACAAACCGUGUGUUACCGAACUUGCAGAGAGCUCGAAGUCAUUUAACCGGUUCUAUUGCUAGUAUGAAACCAAUCUUAUCCAACACAUCAGGAAAUAAUAAUAAUGAAAAACGACAGCUCGAUGCAACCGGUCGGAUACGUAUGCUUGGAAAUUCGGUUGAACCACGGCUACCUGUAGGUGAAGUUUUGCGACGUAUUCGGAUGAGUGAACGAAAGACGCCACAUACCGAUGAGUAUCGUGGUAGCGGGGCAUCAAAAGACGAAGUGUUCUUUGAUAAUUCAAGCACUAUGGAACGCAAACUGCUGGACCAGAAAGAAAAAAAAUCCGUAAGGAAUGAGAUGGAAACGGCCCUACAGUGCCGUCUUACUCAAAAUGAACAGGAGAUUGAUGAUGAGGAAGAGAAUUUGGGCUAUGCGGAAACGUAUGCAGAUUAUCGUCCAACGAAACUUCGUUCCGGCUUGUCGCAUCCGGACAGUGUUAUUGAAACUGCAUCGUUGAGUAGUGUUGCGCCACCAGAUAUACGUUAUAAUUUAACUGUCCCGGAAGAGAUCAUUGAUACAGGCGCGAUUUCAGCUGUACAGUUGGAAGCAGUUGUAUAUGCUUGUCAAGCGCAUGAGAUGCGCCUUCCAUCGAAUGAACGCGCUGGCUAUUUGAUUGGUGAUGGAGCUGGUGUGGGUAAAGGAAGAACGAUUGCUUGCAUCAUUUUUGAAAAUUAUUUAUUAGGACGGAAACGAUCAAUCUGGCUCAGUGUUUCGGCUGAUUUGCGAUACGAUGCCGAACGAGAUUUGAGAGAUAUCGGUGCAAAAAACAUCAAGGUUUACGCAUUAAAUAAAUUCAAAUAUUCCAAAAUUGGUGGAAAAGAAAAUGAUGUUAAGAAAGGCUGCAUUUUUGCUACGUAUUCAUCACUCAUUGGUGAAUGUCGUUCAGCAAAAGGUAAAUACCGAACAAGGCUUAAACAACUGAUCCAGUGGUUUGGUCAGGAUUACGAUGGUGUUAUUGUGCUUGAUGAGUGUCAUCGUGCGAAGAAUUUGGUUCCAACAUCCGGUUCAAAACCAACGAAAACUGGCCGAAGUGUUAUGGAACUGCAAAAAGCUUUACCAAACGCCCGAAUUGUUUAUGCUUCAGCAACUGGUGCAACAGAACCUCGAAAUAUGGCAUAUAUGACACGUAUAGGCUUGUGGGGACAGGGACAAGCAUUUCGAGAAUUUAGUGAUUUCAUUAAUGCUGUAGAAAAACGAGGCGUUGGAGCUAUGGAAGUAGUUGCAAUGGAUAUGAAGCAGCGUGGCCUUUAUCUGGCGCGACAGCUUUCUUUCCGUGGUGUGAGCUUUCGGGUUGAAGAAGUGCCACUGUCGGCAGAUUUCGUCGAAGUUUAUGACGCAUCGGUUAAAAUAUGGCUUGAAUGUCGACGACAGUUCCAGGCAGCUCUUACUCGUCAUUGUAUUGGUCGAACGCAAGUGAAACUGAUUUGGGGACAGUUUUGGGCUGCACAUCAACGAUUUUUCAAGUACAUCUGUAUUGGUGCAAAGGUAAAAUCAUGUGUCAAGAUAGUGCGUGAUGCAAUAAAAGCCAAUAAGUGCGUUGUGAUUGGUUUACAAACUACUGGUGAGUCGAAAACACUGGAAGCACUUGACGAUGCCGGUGGCGAAUUGAAUGAAUUCGUAUCCACUGCCAAAGCAGUAUUGGCGAGGCUUAUAGAAAAACAUUUCCCAACGGAAAAUACGAAUUCUUCAGCGGAUGUAUAUACCAAUUUCGACAAAAUGUGCAAUGAAUUAGAUCGUCCAGUCAAACGCAAAUUAGACAGAUUGGGGUCUGUGAGUUUGACAACCUUUGCUUCAUCUGCAAAACGGAUGAGACAAAAUUCGAUUACGGCAGAACAAACAAGUGAAGAGGAACAGUCUGAUUCGGAUGGUACGGAGUCAUCAACACGCGAUGAUAGUUCGCAAUCAACGGAAGAGGAAGAUGAAUCAUCGAGUGAAGAAGGAGAACCAUCAAAUGGAGCCAUCCAAGGUGACGAAGAUACCUGGUUACAAAGAUUAUUGGAUGAAGCAAAAAGUUCAGAUGAGGAAGCAGCUGAAGAAAAAAGUGGCAGUGAAAAGGAGAAGGGAGGCAGUGACGAGGAAGAAUUGAAUCCAUUUACUUGUGAUUUUACUAGAGAAGAUCCAUGGGCAGCAAAACAGCAGGUUAUUUCGGACUCACCAAAGAAGACGAAAGUUAAGAAAAAGAAGAUCAAAAAGAAGCAAAAAAAAUCUACUAGUAAGAUCGAUUCUACAGCGAUGCAUAGUACUGCCGAUGUUUUCAUAUCAUCUUCACGUCUGGUAAGUGAUGAGGAUCUUACGCUUGGUGAAACUUCACUAAUCAAAGCUGAACUGCUGGCUGCUGUAGAGCGUCUAAGCCCUCGAUUGCCACCAAAUACGCUUGAUCAGUUAAUUGAUGAAUUGGGUGGUCCUGAUUAUGUCGCUGAGAUGACUGGUCGUAAAGGUCGUGUUGUAUGCCGUGAAGAUGGUGAUGUUGAAUAUGAACUUCGACAUGCUGGAGCAGAUGUACCGCUUGAACUAAUGAAUAUGGAUGAAAAAGAUAAAUUUAUGAAGGGCGAAAAAUUAGUUGCUUCGGAUCGAAGAGCUACAAACCGUCGACGUCGCGUACAUAUCACGUUGGAAUUACCUUGGUCAGCCGAUAAAGCUAUUCAACAAUUUGGGCGUACACAUCGUUCAAAUCAAGUGAGUGCGCCGGAAUACAUAUUCUUGAUAUCCGAACUGGCUGGUGAAAAAAGGUUUGCAUCAAUAGUUGCUAAACGACUUGAAUCUCUCGGAGCAUUAACGCAUGGUGACCGUCGUGCGACAGAAUCACGUGACCUGAGUCAGUUUAAUUUGGAUACGAGAUAUGGUCGAGCUGCCUUAGACGUACUGCUGCGAACGGUUACUGGAUUGCUCGAUCCUCCACUUAUACCACCACCAAAGGAUUAUAAACCUGGAAAUUUCAUCAUUGAUAUGCAGUGUUAUAUGGAGGGUGUUGGUUUAUUAUCACUGGAUAAUGGUGUUUAUACAAUUGAAAAAGAAUCUGCAACUAUACCAAAGUUUCUAAAUCGUCUUCUUGGCUUACCAGUACAUGCACAGAACGCACUUUUCCAAUAUUUUUCUGAUAUCGUUGCUGAAUUGGUUGCACAAGCGAAACAUGAUGGAACUUAUGAUAUGGGUAUUAUGGAUCUUGGAAUGGGUGGGGAUGAGGCACGCAAGUUAGAAACUCGUGUAUUCAUGGGACGCUAUGAAAGUGGUUUCUUCCGAGUUGAGAUUCACAAAAUUGGUGUGGAACGUGGUGUGAGUUGGGAAGAUGCUUAUGCAAUUUGGAAGGAUCAUCACGAAGACCAGGAUGGUUUUUAUCUGGCAUCGGUUGGUAAUAAUGGGAAGAAGACUGCAGCUCUUGUUUAUGGUAUCGGCAAGAAACGUUUGGAUACAGGUGCACGCCUUUUUUGCAUAACACGACCAAGCACAGGUCGAAGUGCAAAACUGGAAACAAUUGAUGAGUUAACAAAACGUUUUCAUCUUGCCACUCCUGAAGAAACUGAACAAGUUUGGAAAGAUUUGUUUGAAGGUUCGAACAAAACCUGUCAGCAUAAUUAUUUUCAUGGCCGUUGCCGGAACGAAGCGAUGGGUGUAUACUGUGAAACUGGACGGCGGACCCGAACUUACUUUGUUCUUUCGGGUUCGGUGCUCUCGGUAUGGCCGAUCGUCGAAGAAGUAUUGUCCAGCGGUAUGUCUGCUCGAGAAAUCAGACGAUCACAGCGGAUGCAGAUAAUCCGUGUCAGAACACCACAAGAUCACAAAAUCGUUGGAUUGCUGGUAUUGCCACAAUAUGUACGAACACUGGUUGCGCGUUUUGAGAAACACUGUGGUGGUUGUGUGGAGUCGAAAUCAGCAAAUACUUUAAAUUAA